ACAACGCAAAUCCAUUGACGCCAUAUCAAAGUCAAUCAAAUCACGUACAUUUACAACUGUCGUGUUCAUAUGCAAUUUCCGUCUUGUUGCGCCAGGUUUCACGCAAACACCAGCCUCACUGCUCAAACCGAGCUGACACAUUGCCUUCGUUCGCCAUCCGAGCGGGCUGAGCGGAGUGCCUUGGUCUUCCGCAACCCAACCACACCAACUGUCUCCAUCUUUCAAACACCACACCCUCCAUCACCCGCACCCUCCACACCCACCACCACCUCUGAACUCCACGACAGUCGCACUUAUCACCACCCUACCUUUACACCGUAUCUUCAACCAUGUCGAGCCGCGAGGAGCCCCCGUAUGAUCCCUACAUCCCCAGCGGCGGCGCCGGCCAGCAGGGCGCCGGUCAGGGCCAGAAUGGCAACCACCGCACAGCAGCUCUCCAAGCCGAAAUCGACAGCACUGUCGGCAUCAUGCGCGACAACAUCAACAAGGUCUCGGAGCGAGGAGCACGCCUGGACUCGCUACAGGACAAGACUGACAACCUUGCCGUGUCCGCCCAGGGCUUCCGAAGGGGCGCCAACCGCGUGCGCAAGCAGAUGUGGUGGAAGGAUAUGAAGAUGCGCAUGUGCCUUAUUGUCGGCAUCAUCAUCCUACUCGUUGUCAUUAUUGUACCCUCCGUCGUUGCGACGCAAAAGAACUAAACCCACCACACAUGAGAUACCACGAAUCAUACAGAAAUUAAUAAUGGCACGGACGAACGCGAGAGGAGCCAUGGAGGAAGGGGAGGAAUGGCUACGAGUUGCGCUAUGACGAAUGACAUGGGUCACUGUAGCAUAUGUCUUCACGGCGAAUAGGGAGCGACGGUCAGAUGUCUUCUUGUCUUUGUUUGCGAUUUGACAAUCAUGCUGCUCGGAACGAUGCGCCCCCUUAUGAUACCUCGAGAGCCCAGUUCCUAGCAUGAUUGUCAGACGACCAAAUGGAGUUUUAUGCUUGUUUGUAGACCACCUGCGCUUAUGUUUAUUCGCACUUGUCUUCAUCACUGGGCCUUUGCUACUCCUAAUGGGAUUUUGCUUUUUCCGAGUGACUGCUGAUGUUGAUACACAAAAGCAAUUGAGAGGCGCAUAGCAGUACUAAUAUUAGCUCUUUGGAUACCCUCUGCCCUUUA